UGCUGCUGGAGGUCAGUGGUUGACGAAAGACGAGUUUAGUAAUCUGUAACGAAAAUCCCAUUUUCUCACGCGGAGAAAUCGCUUAGGAUACAACCUACGCAUCAACAGGACAUCGUCGGUGUGUUUGGGUGAAUCCAGCAGCUCGUCUUUGACCCGUUUUUCUUGUAUUUUGAGAGUUUCCGACAGAGCUAGCUAGCGCUUGCUAACGUUAGCCACAUCGGCUCGGCUAGCAGCUAGCUCCCCCGGCUCCGGUGCUCACAGGUGACCCCCUCGGAUCUUCCGCAGCCAUGGACAACAACUCACAAGGAUCCGGAGGAAUAAAAGGAGGUCUCGGGAGUCUUUUUGGAGGUGGUGCACCUGAAUACUCCAACACAGAGCUCGCCGGUGUUCCGUUGACUGGAAUGAGUCCUCUGUCCCCAUAUCUCAAUGUCGACCCUCGUUACCUGGUUCAGGACACAGACGAGUUCAUUCUGCCCACCGGUGCCAAUAAAACACGAGGAAGGUUUGAACUGGCUUUCUUUACCAUUGGAGGAUCCUGCAUGACAGGAGCUGCACUCGGGGCUUUAAAUGGUCUCAGGGUGAGCCUGAAGGAGACCAGGGACAUGGGAUGGUCCAAACCGCGUAAUGUGCAGAUUCUCAACAUGGUGACCAGACAAGGUGCUUCAUGGGCCAACUCUCUGGGCUCAGUUGCCCUGUUGUACAGUGUUUUCGGUGUGGCGAUAGAGAAAGCCAGAGGAGCAGAAGACGACAUCAACACAGUGGCUGCUGGGACGCUAACUGGGAUGCUUUUUAAAUCAGCCAGCGGCCUGAAGGGAAUAGCCCGAGGAGGUUUGGCUGGUUUAGCCCUGUCUGGUGCCUACGCUCUCUACAACAACUGGGACCAUCUCACCGGCUCGUCGCCAUCCUCCAGGCUGUACUAACCCUCUCCCACACACACACCUGCUUCUACAUUAGGGCCAAAUCUCUCUCCGGGACACGCAGCCUUUAACCACAGCGCUAAGAGGAAUUAGACUUUGGUCAAAUGCGGUGUGCCUUUCAGGGACGUGUGAGUUGGUCCCAGUUCGCUGGUUCCACCUCCCCGUAGUCACUUUCCUUUUCCAGGAGCAUUCUGGGGAAUUAAAAUAAUAUCAGACUGAAUUCCAGUGGAAACCCAGAUGUAGGCCGUCCUAUGACACCCCUCUCCACCUGUCUUUGUCCUCAGAGGUAUUCCCAUCACUGAUCCGAUCAGUCAUGAGAAGAGCCUGCGAGGAUGUUUUACUGAGGUGUGUUUGUUAUGUCAUUGUUUAUGGGAGAUGUGUAAGUCUUCUUCGAUGCUAGUUUUGAAAUUAAUGAAUGAACCCGUGAUAUUUGGGUUGAAUGAGCCAAUUUACGUCCGGUGUGUGUUUUUCACCAGAUGAACGUCAGUGGAUUCAUGAACUGAUUCUGGACUGAUUUGCUUUUCUGUUGUAGAAGAGCGAAGAGAUUUUCAACCACCAUGUACAAACAGAACUAAGCCUCACGGUCAGUUCUGCUCAUGUAUUUAUUGAAGCGUAUCUGCAGUGGUUUCACUGGAAAGCUGUUUAUGUGUCUCCAUCAAACCGACUGUAUUAAAAACUAUAAUAAAAAAAUGGGAAAUGUUGACAAAAAA